AUGGGUAAGAAGAAGUCAGACGAGAGUGUAGCCACCACAAAGACGAAGCCAAGCGGAAAAGAUUCUUCUAAAGAACCCAAAAAGGAGAAACUAUCAGUCUCAGCGAUGCUUGCAGGCAUGGAGCAGAAAGGUGAUAAACCCAAGAAGGCUUCAUCAUCCAGAGCCAAGACGGUUGCAAAGAAAGGUUCCUCCUACACUGAUGACAUAGAUCUUCCUCCUUCUGAUGAAGAAGACGAGGUCGACUCUGAUGAGGAAGCGAGACAAGCGGAAGAAAAGAGAAAGCUGAAGAGCGAGCAUAGGCAUCUUGAGAUCUCUGUGACCGAUAAGGAGCAAAAGAAGCGUGAGAUGAAAGAAAGACAAGCUCUCCAGGCUCUAGAGCUUGCAAAGAGAGAGGCUUUGAAGGACGACCAUGACGCGUUCACGGUUGUUAUCGGAAGCAAGACUUCGGUGCUUGAAGGAGAGGACACGGCGGAUGCGAAUGUGAAAGAUAUCACCAUCGAUUCUUUCUCUGUCUCUGCUCGAGGUAAAGAGCUUUUGAAGAAUGCCUCUGUGAAGAUAUCACAUGGGAAAAGGUAUGGUUUGGUCGGGCCUAAUGGAAUGGGGAAGUCUACGCUGUUGAAGCUUUUAGCAUGGAGGAAGAUUCCAGUCCCCAAGAAUAUUGAUGUUCUUCUUGUUGAGCAAGAGGUGGUCGGUGAUGAAAAGAGUGCUCUGGAAGCAGUUGUUUCUGCCAAUGAGGAGUUGGUUAAGGUGAGGAAAGAAGUUGAAUCUCUGCAGGAUUCGUCUGCUGGAGCUGACGGAGACGGCGAAGAUGAUGAUUCUGGAGAAAAGCUUGCUGAUUUGUAUGAGAGGUUACAGAUAUUGGGGUCAGACGCUGCUGAAGGACAAGCAGCCAAAAUUCUUGCAGGGUUAGGUUUCACAAAGGAAAUGCAAGUCCGUGCAACUCAGUCGUUCAGUGGUGGCUGGAGGAUGAGAAUAUCUUUAGCUAGAGCUCUCUUUGUGCAGCCUACUCUGUUGCUGUUAGAUGAACCCACCAACCAUCUUGACCUGAGAGCUGUUCUCUGGCUAGAGGAGUAUCUGUGUCGCUGGAAGAAGACGUUGGUUGUUGUUUCACAUGACCGGGACUUCCUCAACACUGUCUGCACUGAUAUAAUACAUUUGCAUGACCAGAACCUCCACUUCUACCGCGGUAACUUUGAUGCUUUCGAAAGUGGAUAUGAUCAGCGACGCAAGGAGAUGAACAAGAAGUUUGAGGUCUACGAGAAACAGGUGAGAGCGGCUAAGAAGUCUGGAAACCGGGUUCAACAGGAGAAGGUAAAGGACAGGGCCAAGUUUGCUGCGGCGAAAGAUGCGUCGAAGAGUAAGGCAAAGGGUAAGGCGAUCGAUGAGGACGGCCCAGCACCGGAAGCUCCGAGGAAGUGGAGAGAUUACAGCGUGGAGUUCCAUUUUCCAGAACCAACCGAGCUCACUCCUCCUCUUCUGCAGUUGAUUGAGGUUAGCUUCUGCUACCCAAGCAGGCCAGAUUUCAGGCUCGCAAAUGUUGAUGUUGGUAUCGAUAUGGGUACAAGGGUGGCUAUAGUUGGACCUAACGGAGCUGGGAAAUCCACUCUCUUGAAUCUUCUUGCUGGAGAUUUAGUUCCAACCGAGGGUGAACAGAGAAGAAGCCAAAAGCUGAGGAUUGGCAGAUAUUCACAGCACUUUGUUGACCUGUUAACAAUGGGGGAAACACCGGUUCAGUAUCUUCUCCGCCUUCAUCCAGACCAAGAGGGAUUUAGCAAGCAAGAGGCUGUGCGUGCGAAGCUAGGGAAGUUUGGGCUGCCAAGUCACAACCACUUGACUCCGAUUGCGAAAUUGUCUGGUGGACAAAAAGCUAGGGUCGUGUUCACCUCGAUCUCAAUGUCGAAGCCACACAUUUUGCUUCUUGACGAGCCUACGAAUCACUUGGACAUGCAGAGUAUAGAUGCGUUGGCAGAUGCACUAGACGAGUUCAGUGGAGGAGUUGUGCUGGUGAGUCACGACUCGAGACUCAUUUCACGUGUCUGUGAGAAUGAGGAGAAGAGUCAAAUCUGGGUUGUGGAAGACGGAACAGUGUCUUUCUUCGAUGGCACAUUUGAAGAGUACAAAGAAGAUCUCCAAAGAGAAAUCAGAGCAGAGGUUGAUGAGUGA